AUGACAUGCACAGGCAAAGUUAAUACUUGGGGAAGACGUGUAUCUGGACUAGUCGUCGAAUCAUUGGAUAGAUCAGUCAGCCUUGAUCUGCCAAUGGUAACCGAGUGUGAAUUCAUACCUGAGAACAGAAGUGAGAUCCCGAUACCAGAGAUUGCACGAGCAUACUCACAGCUUUCUGACAUUGAAGUAUUCAUACCACCAUUCGAUUCUAAGGCCAACAUCUCCUUGUUAAUUGGAAGAGACCUUUUGAAAGCACACCACGUGCUUGAACAACGUACUGGGUCUGACGUUGAACCAUUUGCUCAGAGAUUGCCUCUAGGCUGGACCAUAGUGGGAGAAACCUGCCUUGGGAGUUACCAUAUCCCACCUUGCAUCAACGUAUUGAAGACACAAAUAUUGCCGAACGGACGUCCUACUUGUAUGGAACCUUGUCAGAGUGUUCUCCGUUUGAAUGAUGAUCCGGUUUUCCUGAAAACGCCUCUUGAUGAGAAGGUAGGCAUGUCUGUUGAGGAUCGACAAUUUCUAGACAUAGUUGGAGCAGGAUUUCAUAGGGAUGAAGAGGGAUUCUGGACAUCACCUCUACUGUUUCGACCUGAUUGGCCUAGGCUUGACAACAACUAUUCAAUGGCAUUCAAGCGAGCCAGAAAUUUGCAAAGAAGUCUUCUGAAUGAUUCUGUCAAGGACUCGCACUUCAUAGAGUUCAUGCAAAAGAUACUCAAGAACGGUCAUACAGAGAGGGCUCCUCCGUUACAACCAGAGGAAGAAUGUUGGUUUCUGCCGAUCUUUGCGGUUUACCAUCCCCAGAAGCCAGGUCAGGCACGCGUGGUAUUUGACUCCUCAGCUAAAUUUAAUGGCCUUUCGUUAAAUGACGUUCUAUUGACUGGACCGGAUCUGGUUAACAGUCUACUUGGGGUCUUGAUGCGAUUCAGAAGAGAACCCGUAGCCAUACUCGCAGACAUCCAGAAAAUGUUCUUUUAUUUCCGUGUUGAGCCGAAACAUCGAAAUUUUCUUCGUUUUCUGUGGCACGAGGACUGUGAUUUGAACAAGCCACUGGUACAAUUUCGAAUGUGUGUACAUGUGUUCGGGAACCGGCCUUCGCCUGCCGUUGCCACUUUUGGCUUACGACUUUGCAUUCAAGGCGCGGAUCCGAAAGUAGUUGAGUACAUCGACAAGGAUUUUUACGUGGAUGACGGACUUGCAUCGCUUCCCACACCCAGUAACGCUAUUACUCUUGUCAAGGAUGCACAGACAGCUCUACUGCAAGGAGGUACUAUUCGCUUGCACAAAAUUGCGUCUAACGACCAUGAGGUCAUGGCUGCGUUUCCCAAUGAUGAUCUUGCUAAAGACAUUAAGGACCUUGACUUGCGGAAGGAUUCUCUUCCAGUUCAGGCGAGUUUGGGUGUGAAAUGGGAUCUAGGUACAGAUUCAUUCUUGUUUCGUUCUUCCCAUGACAAACAGCCAUUUACAAGAAGGGGUGUUUUGUCUACAAUAAAUAGUAUUUAUGAUCCGUUAGGCUUCAUGGCUCCCGUUGUGAUCAAAGGGAAACUCCUCCUCAGAGACUUGAUUCAUGGAACUGUUGACUGGGAUGAACCACUUCCGGAAGAGUUAUUUUCAGCGUGGGAUCGUUGGAGAAGUUCAUUGCUCGAUCUUUAUGAUGUGCGAAUUCAUCGACCAUACUUACCUGUGUCAUAUUCUGGUUGCAGUCGGAAAGAAGUUUAUAUUUAA